CCGAAAACUGACUCGUCCUCAACGUUCUGCACAUCCCCCACGAUGACUUCCGAUGCCGCCGACCAACGCAUCGUCGAAAGUCUUGCACUACGGCUACGACGGCGACAAGUCGUCGGUUCACGCGCAUCGGCCCUUGAGACCCUGCUUGUAAUACGCCAAGUUGUCGCAAAAGCACGAUUCUCCAAUUUUGAACAACUCGUUGAUAUCAUUCGUUCUGUGGGCCGAAGACUUGUGGAGGCGCAGCCAAAAGAACACUCCGUUGGUAAUACCGUACGAAAGGUUCUGCAUCAUAUUCGAGAGGAAUACCAUACUGCUACAAAAGGAACAACAACCUCUAUACCAGAAUCAUUUUCAAUAGCGAAAUUCGUUCUGCAAGGGCAGCCGCGGAAGCAUAUUACCGUCACAAAAGCAGAGAAGAAGGGCACGCUCAAGGAAGAUGACCCAACUGAUCCCGAUUCAUUCGCACGAGGACUGAAACCUGUCCUCAUGGAGGCCAUCCAAGACAUAUUUGACGAGCUGGAAACUGUGUACGAUAACGUGUCCAAAAAUGCCAAAGAUCAUGUACAUUCAGACGAAAUCAUUCUCACUCUCGGCGCAUCGAAGACUGUAGAGACCUUCUUCAAGACUGCUGCACAUUAUCGAAAAUAUACUGUGAUAGUUGCCGAGACAGCACCUACUUAUGGCGGCCGUGAUUUAGCUGCAUCCCUCUCGUCUGCAGGCAUCUCAACAUUCCUCGUCCCCGAUUCAUCAAUCUUUGCCCUAAUGUCUCGAGUCAAUAAAGUCAUUCUCGGUGCUCAUGCAAUCCUUGCAAACGGUGGCAUGUUUGCCACAUCUGGUGCACAAAUAGCUGCCACCGCUGCGCGAGCACAUAGCACCCCGGUUGUCGUCUGUGCAGGGCAAUUCAAAGUAACCCCACUUUGGAAUCUCUACCAUGAAUACGGAGCUUUGGAUUUCUCCGACCCCAGUAAGGUUCUUGGGUUUGAGGAGGGUGAUUUGGUUGAUAAGGUGGAUGUUGUGAACCCGUUCUAUGAUUAUGUUUGCCCCGAAUUAGUUGAUGCAUAUAUCACGAACGAUGGCGAUCAUCCACCUUCAUCAAUAUAUCGGCUCCUCACAGAAACCUACGACGACGAAGAUACAGUGCUAUAGAUCCGGCGAUAUAUUACAACAGCCAGUCAUCCUAUAUCAGUAUAAUUAGAGUAGUGCUAGUGUUGUAUACCAUCCGACUAUUUCUUGAGAAUAUCAAAGAAGGCCUCUUGUGGAAGCUCUACGGUUCCGACCUUCUUCAUUCUGCGCUUCCCUUCCUUUUGGUUCUCCAGAUGCUUUAGUUUCCGUUCAUAAUGGCCUACCCAAUGUCAGCUCUUCGACGGCCUCGUUAAUAAGCACUACGACGCACCUCCGUACAACCCUGCAGUGAC